AUGCAUAAACAAAAUGAGUUUGACAUCAAAUUGGAAGAAAACAAUGUACAGCUCAAAAGUGUCAUCGGUGCCAAUGGACACGGUGUGGACAACCAGGGUUUUGAAUUAGAGGAGGACAAUAUUACUGAUAGUGGCAGCACCGAAAAUAUAAAGGAGAAGAAGAAAAAGGGACUGGGAUCAUACUUGAGCAAAGUUGCUCAGCCGAUAAAUGCAACAGAAAACUACAUCAAAGAUCACUCGAGGAUAUUCAAAGCCAUUGUCUUGGGCGUCCUCGGAGCCGGUUACGUGGCGUACUUUAUUGCAGCCUGUGUUUUGGAUUUCCAGAGAGCCAUCGCUCUCGUCGUCUUAACCAGCUUGGCUGUUGCCGCCAAAUCCUAUGAACUUGUGAAGAAGUACCAAGGAAAAAACAUCAGCCGGUGUUUCAAGCCUGUCGUCAAAAUCUUCAAAGCCAACUUGAGAUGGCUGAAAUGGGUUUUCAUUUUGGUGGUUCUGGUUCUGCUUGUGGUGUGGCUCGUUUUAGACACAAGCCAGCGUCCCGAGCAGCUUAUCUCUUUUGGCGGCGUGUGCAUGUAUGUCGUGCUGGUCUUCCUCCUCUCCGCGCACAGGACAAUGGUGUCAUGGAGGCCUGUGUUUUGGGGGCUGGGGCUGCAGUUCUGUAUCGGCCUGUUUGUCAUACGGACAGAACCUGGAUUUAUUGCUUUCGAGUGGCUUGGAACACAAGUACAGACCUUCCUGGAUUAUACAAAAGCAGGCUCAAGCUUUGUUUUCGGGCCCGAUCUGAUUCAAAGUGUUUUUGCCUUUCAAGCUUUGCCCAUUGUUGUGUUCUUCAGUAGCGUGAUGUCGAUCCUCUACUUUUUGGGCGUAAUGCAGUGGGUCAUUACGAAGAUCUCAUGGGUUAUGCAGAUAACGUUGGGAACAUCUGCAACGGAGACCUUGAGCGUGGCAGGCAAUAUAUUUGUUGGGCAGACUGAAGCGCCACUGCUGAUCCGCCCCUAUUUGAAGGACAUGACCAAAUCCGAGAUCCACGCCGUUAUGACUGCCGGGUUUGCCACGAUCGCAGGCAGUGUCAUGGGGGCAUUCAUCUCAUUUGGGAUUGAUGCAUCUUCCUUGAUAUCUGCCUCUGUCAUGGCUGCUCCCUGUGCUCUGGCCAUCUCGAAGCUGUCCUACCCAGAGACAGAGAAGAGCGUCUUCACGUCAAACAAGAGUAUCGAAAUGGCUUGUGGUGAUGAGCAGAACAUCUUGGAGGCUGCCAGCAGUGGAGCGUCUGCCUCAAUCGGUCUGGUUGCAAACAUCGCAGCGAACCUGGUAGCUUUCAUUGCUAUUCUUGCAUUUAUAAACCAGGCUUUGAGCUGGUUUGGAGGCAUGGUGGGAUAUCCUGAAGUCACAUUUGAGCUCAUCUGCUCAUACCUGUUCAUGCCUCUGGCCUUCAUGAUGGGAAUCCCAUACGACGAGAGUUUCACCGUGGCUGAACUUAUUGGCACAAAACUCUUCCUCAACGAGUUUGUGGCUUAUGAGAAAUUAUCUGCACUGAAGACGAGCAGACUCAGUGGUAUCGAUGAAGUCAUCGGAGGGGAGAGACAGUGGAUUUCUAUCCGAUCAGAAAUAAUCACCACUUAUGCUCUGUGCGGGUUUGCUAAUUUCAGCUCUCUGGGGAUUAUGAUUGGAGGCCUGUCAUCCAUCUGCCCAUCAAGAAGAGGCGACGUCUCAGCUUUGGUUAUGAGAGCCAUGCUCACCGGCACAUGCGUAUCGCUCGUCAACGCCUGCAUCGCAGGACUCCUCUUUGUUCCCCCGGUUGACUGUUUGAGGCUGUUUCAGGAAUCAGCUUUUAACAGCACAAUUCCAAACAUCCAAAGCUGUUGUGAGGAUCUCUUCCGAAGCACUGUCAACAACGGUACCAUCUCAUUUGAAGGAUCGUGGAGCACAGUUGUCAAUGCAACAGCAUUUCUUACAGAGUGUUGUAAGUGUUGUGGUCUUUCUGAGGCGGUCUGCUAAAGGGGAACAACAUAC